ACCACACCACAGCUAAAUAUUCAGAAACCCCACCAAUUUCAAAGCAUGGCCAAGUUCACAAUCCUAGCAGCUGCCCUUGUAGCCUUCCUAGCCAUUGCCGAGGCCACCCGGACCACCAUCACCACCACCGUGGUGGAGGAGGACAACCCCGGGCAACAGCAGCGCUGCCGCGAGCAGAUCCAGAGGCAGCAAAACCUCCGCGACUGCCAGAUGUUCCUGCAGCAGCAAGCGAGAGGAGGAGGAGGAGGGUCCGACGUCGCGAUGAUCACCGCCGACGUCCCGAACCCUCGCCAGCAGCAGCAGCUCCGCCGGUGCUGCCAGCAGAUGGAGAACCUCAACGAGCAGUGCCGGUGCGAGGGCGUGAGGGAGGCCGUGAGGCAGCAGAGGGAGCAGGGGGAGAUGCAGGGGGAGGAGAUGAGGGAGAUGAUGCAAGAGGCCGAGAACCUGCCCUCCAGGUGCAACCUCAGCCCGCGGCGAUGCCAAAUCCGAGCCUCCUUGUACUAAAUGAUACUAUAUCAUGAGGCCACAAAAUCUACUACUGGGUAGACUUUGCUCUAUGUGCAUGAUAAUAAAGCUCACAUCUCUUCCUAGUCUUUUUAGCUGGAGAUCAUAGGAGGGGUAAAAGGUGACUAUUGUAAUAAGCACAUUAUCGUGUGUGUAUUUUGUGUUUUCAACUUCGAGGCCUUGUACUAAGAAUGAGUGUUCGUUAUAUGUAGAAAAUAUGAUAUCCUUUUCAGAAA